AUAUUUAAACAGACGAUCAGAAUACCCAAGAUUUUUUUCUCUUCAACGUUUUAGGACCAGUCUCUAUUUGCUUUUACGGACAUCUUUAUAUUGAAAGGUCCUGCUUGUAAUUAAAACAUUUUCCUGACAUUAAUAAAUUGGACAUUUAUAGCUGUGCGUUCAAGGAGGAAGACUGUACAGUGUUUACACAACUUUAUUCCAAGGGACUAAGCGCUCAAAAAGACACCGCUAUUUUCCUUUUCCUGCUCUUUCGUAAAGGGAAAUUCAAGGCAAGCAUGGAAGUUUGUAAAGGUCGUUUACUUGGUAUCUCAGUCGCUGUUGCUCAUGGAUUUUUCUCGGGAUCGUUGAACAUUUUACUAAAAUUUCUCAUCACGACUUAUAAAUUCAACUACCUCACUCUCAUCCAGUGCCUCACCAGCACGCUGGCGGCGAUUACACUGGAGAUACUGAGGAGACUGGGCAAAGUAGACAUACCUCCGUUCAGUCUUCAACUAGCCAAAGUCUUCGGAGGUGUUUGUAUUCUGUCCACAUUACAGUCCACUCUAACACUAUGGUCUCUCAGAGGACUGAGUCUACCCAUGUAUGUUGUUUUUAAACGGUGUCUACCGUUGGUCACCCUAGGCAUCGGCGUGUGCUUUCUGAAGGACGGUAUCCCGUCAGUGGGGGUCAUAACGGCGGUGCUCAUCACUACUGGAGGAACAGCUUUAGCUGGUAAAAUUACACUUAUUCAAAUAACAUUAACUUCUACUGAUGCAGUUAGGUAAAGUAGAAACGAAACAUUAUAAUUGAUUCUAAAUUGCCUAGUCAUAGGUUGCAUAUUAUGCAGUAAGUUUUGAUGAGUGUGUAUAGGCUUCAAACUACCGCAUACCAGCAAUAAUCUAUCCUAGAGCUAAUAUUACAAAUACACGAAUGGGGUUACUAUAAAAAUAAAAAAUUUAAUAAAAAUUAAGUGAUUACCACAGUUUUUUCUAGAAACGUCCCUUUGGUAAAGUAUCCAGAUGCAACUGUUCUCAAUGUUGCUGCUACUGUGAGUAAAGUUCAGCACCAUGCUCUGUCCCCUUUACACCAUACAUUUAACACACAUCCUAUCCAAAUGAAUCAUAUGGAUAGAAUGUGUGUUAAAGAUGUGGCUCCACACGACUUUUUAAUAAUGUUCAGAGCCCUAAGCCAUUGCAUCAUUAUACCUUACAAUAGGUUUCACCCCCCAAAAAUUAAUGUAAUCACUAUUUUUUGUUUUCUGUUCUUGUUUUUUUGACACUGUGUCUGUGUUUACUCAGGGUCUGGUGACGUGAUGGGUGACCCGUAUGGCUACGUGACGGGCGUCCUGGCUGUGAUCAUCCACGCCUCCUACCUGGUCCUGAUCCAGAAGACCAGCACAGACAGUGAAUAUGGCCCCCUCACGGCCCAGUACUCCAUCGCCAUCAUGGCCUCCCCAGUUCUCUUAAUCUGCUCCAUUGUCAGCAUGGACUCCAUCAACAUGUGGAGCUACACAGGCUGGAGUAACCCCUUCAUCUCAGGCAUCUUCUCCCUCUGCAUAGUCAUCGGCUGUGCCAUGAACUUCACCACGCUACAAUGCACCUACAUCAACUCGGCUGUCACCACCAGCUUUGUGGGUGUGGUGAAGAGUAUCGCCACCAUCACAGUAGGCAUGCUGGCCUUCAGCGACGUGGAGCCCACCAGCCUGUUUGUUGCCGGCGUGGUGGUCAACACGGUGGGCUCCAUCACCUACUGCAUCGUCAAGUACUUUGAGACCAGGAGGAAGACCCUCUACCAGGACCUGGAGGAGCAAAGCAAGGACGAGAGCCUGCCUGGACAGCCUUACAUCGAGAAGAAGCCACCCAACGGAGAUCUGGAGCCCCUGCCCAAUGGUCACGGAGGGUCAGGCGGAGGAUCGAUUAAACAGGUCCCCACACAGGACCACCUCCUCAAUGAUCAGAGCCUCAGUGACUACCUACCUCCAGACACCAGCAACAGCAUGGAGUCUGUAGAUCUCCAGAGAGAGGCCUUCCAUAACGAGAACCAGGCCAACCAGUCUGUGAGUGACAGUUACGUGGGGGUGUGGAGGUCCAUCCGUAACCUGCAGUUCUUGAAGAAAGACAACUUAAUAGAUAAUAUGGAGGUGCAGAGCCCUUGAUGGGGAAUCUCUCUAUUUUCAAAGGGUGCAUGUUUUGUCAGUCAUUUCUGUUUAUGUUUUUUCUGUUUGUUUGUAAGACUGGUUGGACGUUGGGCACUGAUUUAAUGUUUUGAGAUCCGUAUUUUUCUCACGCACAUGCAUUUAUGGAACAAGAAAGUAUUUUUGAGAAGAUGGAGUGUUUAUAUGAAUUGGAAAAAAUAUACUGAC